UUAACAAAUAUUGUCAUGAAAGAAUGAUUGCUGCAAAGAUACAACCAGAUGAGAUUCCUCAAACAAGAUAGUUUUCAAAACCAUGCACAGCAACUCAUCACGAUGGUUUGGGCAGCAAGCUAGUGAACCUUCAUUAGCGUCCAUGUCCACUCCUGAAAAAGCCUCCUUAUCCAUGUCUUGUUCUGUCGAGCCACAAGUGCUUUUGGCUGAAGCCUCAAGUGCUCUGAAUCUGAAUGUAUCAAUGGCAUUAGAAAAUGAGAAUGAGAUUAAUAGCAAGAAUCAUUCUUCUGAUAUUGCUUUCCCAUCAGAUGGCCAUAAUGUUAAUUUGGGAAUUGUUGCUUAUCUUGAUGAUGAAUCCAAGGCAGUUGAUAGUAGUGUGGCUGAAUGCUCAGAAACAUUCCAAAAUCAUUCAACAAUGUUGCAUCAUGGUGACGUUCAACUACCUAUUGAAGUUGCAGCUCAAGAAACUAAUGAUUCUGGCGAAAAGGAACUUAGCAACAAACCUUAUACAACUAAAUCUGAACUUAAAAAGGAGAUGUGCGAACAGGUGAGGAAUGAUCAAAAUGGUGCUCUUGCUAUGAAAAUUGUUUCAGAAGAGGCUGCUAACAACUCUGCAUUCAGUGCUGGCCCUGACAAACAAUAUACAGUCCAAUGUUGUAGGCUCUUGGGCAUUUAUGCGCAUAGCAGGUUUUCCAUUCAGACUAGUUGAAGCAAUUUAAC